AUGCCUCAAUAUACCGAAGAUCAGCUUCGUCAGGCUCUCGAGGACAUCUCAAACGGCAAGAGUCAAAAGAGAGCCUCAUUGGAGUAUGGGAUACCACGAUCAACCCUCCAACUACGUCUCCAAGGUGGUCAGACUAGGAAAGUGGCUUUUGCUGACUGGCAGAGGCUGUCUCCUGACCAGGAGAGUAAGCUGGCACAAUGGGUUCGCAUUCAGGCUUCGCUGGGCCUCGCACCAACGCACCAACAGGUGAAGGAAUUCGCAGAGCGAGUUCUGGCUGCUGCUGGGGAUACCAAACCAUUAGGAAAAGGCUGGAUCUAUGCCUUCGUGAGAAGGAACCCUAUCAUUAAGGUUCAGAGAAGUCGUUCCAUCGAUUCUAGACGCGUUAAUGGGGCAUCUACUGAGGUCAUUAGGAACUGGUUUGUUCCUUGCUAUCCCUGA